AUGCACGAGAAAGAAUCAGCUUUCUUGUUACCUGGCAGGCUUACACACGACUCUUUAUUUGUUGAUCCCACGAGAGAUAGAACUAGUUUGCUCAAAUUACGUACUAGAGUUGAUGGUGCAUUUAUCUGCCAAGGUGGUGGGUGGUUCAAGUAUUUGAGUGUUGUCGAGGUCAAUGCUGGUGGAAUUGCUAUAACUAUCCAACUUCAUGGAAAGAAUGGAGACGAAGAAGCUUGUCAUCAAGAUAUGGAAGAAGAACAAGAAGGAGCAGAUGAUCAAGAAGAAGAAUAUUAUGCUGCAUGA